CGGCGCACAGAUGGAAGGAUACGAUUGUCAAAGUGCCAAUUUUGUGGGUGGGCAAAGGGGCACCGAUCAAGAAAAGUGAGUAUUUGGUGGUUGGAAGGCUUGUGACAGAAAAACUAAUAAAGUUUCCCUAUUUCAAGGAUACUAUAGCGGCGCUUUGGAGACCAAUCAUGGGGAUGAAUGUUAAGGAACUUCAACCUCGACGCUAUUUGUUUCGGUUUUUCCAUGAAGGUGAUCUCGAGCGUAUCAUUAACGAUGGCCCUUGGGCAUAUGAACAGAGUCUCUUGAUCUUGAAGCGGCUGGAAACCAACGAAGAUCCAGAAUCAGUGGUGCUUAAUCAGGCGGAUUUUUGGAUGCAAGUCCAUGCCCUCCCUGUUGGUUAUCGAUCAGAGGCUUACCUUCAGGUAAUUGGCAAUUUUGUUGGGUCCUUUGUCGAGUCUGAUGGAAAAAAUUUUGAUGGCAUGAUUCGUGAUUUCUAUCGGAUUCGUGUGAAGUUGGAUGUUUCUAAGCCUCUUAAGAAGGGGAUGCGGUUAAAGAAGGAUACAAGUGAAUGGGUUUCUAUUAACUUCCGGUAUGAGAGACUCCCUACCUUCUGCUUUGUUUGCGGUUUAAUAGGGCAUGGUGAUAAGUUUUGUGCAAAGGCCUUGCUUUCAAUGGAGCAUCGAGCUGAAAAGCCUUAUGGGGUCUGGUUGCGUGCGGGUGGGCGGACUAAGGUUCCAACUGCUGGACAACGGUGGAUAGCUCCAGAAACUAUUGCAGAACGCAAAGUGUGGAAGGCACCCGGCAUGGAAACUCUUAUUGGCGUUAAAGGAAAAGAAUCACAAAUGGAAGAGAGGGACUUUUGUUUUACAGAAAAGGCUGCUCCUGAAAAUACUUUUUCUACAUCACUUUUCAAUGCAGACUUAAGAGGUGAGUUAACUGUGAUAGAACAAAAAAGGAGGCGUACUACGUCGACAAAAGACAACCCCACACAGGCCUCUUCUAUUAUGGAUGCUAAUGUUUCAAUCCCAAAAAACUUGUUUCCGGCGGGUCCUGGUACUUCCCAGGCCCGCCAUUCCCAAUGAGUAUUAUAUGUUGGAACUGUCGUGGCUUGGGUGAUCCACGAACAGUUCAGGAGAUUAUGGCUUUGGAGGCCAACAAGAAACCCAAUUUCAUUUUCUUAAUGGAAACGAAGGUCAGACGGAUUCAUGCAGAGCGCUUGAAGUGUAAGAUGGAUUUUGCUGGAGUUUUCUAUGUUGACAGUGGGGGAGUAGGAGGGGGUUUGGCCCUCUUCUGGAAAACUAAGAAUUCUGCCAAGUUGCUAAGUUAUUCAAAGAAUCAUGUGGACAUUGAGGUCAAUAUUUCCGGGACAUCUCCAUGGAGAUUUACAGGUUUUUAUGGCUUCCCUGAAAGAAAUAGAAGACAUCUUUCAUGGGAUUUGCUACGCUCCUUACGCCCUAAGUCGUCUCUUCCUUGGCUAGUUGCAGGGGAUUUCAAUGAGAUUGCAUCACCACAUGAAAAGAGGGGACUGCAUAGCCAUCCUAAUUCCCUUAUGGACAACUUUAAUAAGGCUCUCGAGGACUGUUUUCUUUUUGAUCUGGGUGCCCAAGGUCGUUUUUUUACUUGGGAAAAAGGCCGUGGUACAGAAAAUUGGGUGGAAGAGCGUCUUGAUCGAGCUGUUGCUGAGGCCGAUUGGUGUUUGCUCUAUCCAUAUGCAGUAGUGCGGAACAUGGAGGUUCUUACGAGCGAUCAUUCUGCUAUAUUCAUUGAUACUGAGAAACCUCAAGUUCGAAGAAGGAGGCGAUCAUUUAUGUUUGAAAAUGCUUGGCUAAAAGACUCAGGAUGCAGAGGAGUGGUUAAACAAUGUUGGAGCUUCACACAGGGAGAAGAAGUUCCUAAUAGGCUGAAGUUCUGUGCAGGAGAGUUAAAAGCUUGGGGUGGUGUAUUUGGAAAAAGAAUUGCCAAAGAUAUUGAUAGGCUUAAAAUUCAUUUGGGAAACCUCAGGGGUAAGUAUGAUGCUGUUUCGCUAAAAGAGUUUAAAAUUACGGACAGUAAACUUCAUGCUCUUUUACACCAGCAACAUACCUAUUGGAAACAGCGUGCCAAACAACACUGGCUCAACGAAGGAGAUCAUAAUACAAGAUUUUUUCACCAUCAGGCGUCCAGAAGAAAAAGGAAAAAUUAUAUUUCCAAACUCAGGGAUUUAACCGGAAAGUGGCACGAGGGAGAGGCCAUGAACCGUUUGAUAUCAACUUAUUUUGUGGACAUUUUCACUAGUAGAGGAGCCCACGAUUUUGCUGAACUUGACGGAUUUACUCCCAAGAUUUCAGUAACUGACAAUGCUAAUCUCACCAGACCCUUUACGGCUGAGGAGGUAAAGGAUGCAAUCUUUUCCAUGGCCCCAGAUAAAGCCCCGGGCCCCGAUGGCUUUAAUCCAGCUUUUUUUCAACAUUUCUGGGCUGAUGUGGGAGCUGAUGUUUCAGAUUUUGUGCUCCAUACAAUUCAGUCUCGUGCAUUCACGCCGGGUUUAAAUGAUACAAACAUCUCUUUGAUUCCAAAGAAAGAUACACCGGAGUUGGUAAGUGAUAUGCGGCCUAUUUCUCUUUGCAAUGUCAUAUAUAAAAUCAUGGCAAAAAUGAUUGCAAACAGAUUGAAGACUCUUCUCGAAAAAACCAUUGAGGAAACACAAAGUGCAUUUAUACCCAACAGGCUUAUAACGGACAAUGUUCUCAUUGCUUCAGAGGUUAUCCAUUACUUGAACAGAAAGAGAGAGGGUUAUACGGGCUGGUGUGCUCUCAAACUUGAUAUGGCGAAAGCUUAUGACAAAAUGGAGUGGGCAUUUCUCCGUAAAAUGCUGGAGGUUAUGGGUUUUGAGCACAACUUUAUAGAUUUAAUUAUGUUGUGUGUCUCCACUGUUCGUUAUCGGGUUCUUGUUAAUGGAGACUUAACUGAGACUAUUGUUCCUACUCGUGGGCUCAGACAAGGGGAUCCCCUUUCGCCAUAUCUUUUUAUUCUCUGCGCAGAAGGUCUUGCCCAUAUCAUUAACCGUGCAAUCGUCAAGGGGUAUUGGUCUUAUUGCAAAAUCUCCAGAAACGCACCAGGUAUCUCCCAUCUAUUUUUUGCAGACGACUGCUUGCUAUUCUUUAAAGCGGACAUGACAGAAACGGAUUGCAUAUUAAGGUGUCUCCAGAAAUAUGAAAUGAUGUCGGGACAGACUAUUAAUUUUAGCAAAUCUUGUAUUAUGUUCAGUCGAAAUACCCCUGAAAAUAUUAAAGAUAAUAUAGCUGCGGCCCUGGCUGUUCCCCAAGCUCCUAAUAUCGGAAAAUAUCUUGGUUUCCCUAUUGGGGUGGGCAGAAAUAAACAGGAGAUUUUCUCUUUUAUUGAAACAAAGCUCCGAAGCAGAAUUGGUGGGUGGGGGAAGAAAAUUCUUUCUCGAGCCGGGAAGGAAAUUUUACUCAAAAGUGUUGCACAAGCCCUUCCCACCUACACUAUGAGCCUUUAUUACCUUCCCAUUUCUUUUUGUGAUAGGCUCGAGAAAAUCUGUAACAGGUUUUGGUGGGAGUCUAAACCCGGGAAUGGUAGUGGUAUUCAUUGGAUGUCCUGGGACCGUCUUUGUGUGCCUAAAUACCACGGUGGUUUGGGAUUCAAAAAAUUGCAUCUUUUUAAUAAGGCUCUUCUCGCUAAACAGGGAUGGCGACUGCUUACUAAUGGGAGUUCUCUGGCUUCUAGACUUAUGAAGGCACGAUACUUCCCUAAUGGCUCGUUUCUUGAAGCUACUGUUAGCGCCAAUCCUAGUUUUUGUUGGAGUUCGAUCAUGAGAAGCCAACAACUUUUGAGGGAAGGAUGCUUUCGGAGGAUAGGAAAUGGAAGAACUACGAACAUUUGGUCACAUCCUUGGCUGCCAGACUCAAGUAAUCCUUUUCCCAGUUCGGCUAUUUCACCGACACUUGCAAAUUCUAAGGUGGCUAGUCUUAUUAAUGAAAGAACUGGCGACUGGAAUAUGGACCUAAUUCGGGAGCAUUUUAAUCAAAGAGAUGCUGAUCUUAUUUUCAAGAUCCCGUUUUCCCCGGAGUUUGAUGAUCAAUGGUGUUGGAGGGGCGAUCUCAAAGGCUUGUACUCGGUCAAGCAGGGAUAUAAGCUGCUAUUGAAUUCCCAUUCUGCCAUCGAUUCUUCUUUUGCCGCAUGGUCUCAACUUUGGCGUCUCAAAAUACCUCCAAAGUUCCUCAACUUUAUUUGGCGGUGUGCUCGAUUAGUUCUUCCAGUGCGGAGUACCCUACAAAGUAGAGGUUUUGAACUUGAUGACACUUGCCCCUUUUGUAACUGUGGAGAAGAGUCUGUACAACACUUAUUUUUGGAUUGCCCAAUCACACAAACUAUGUGGCCAGAUUCUUUCAAAGAACUGCAACCUCACCAAAAUUCCAUCUUUCUUUCUUGGUUAUCUGGGAUCUUUGCAUCAGGGACGGAGGAAGAUAAGAAAAAAAUUGCAGCUCUCUUGUGGACUGUUUGGAAGGCCCGAAAUGAGCUCAUCUGGAACAAUAAACGCCUUAGCUCCUCAGAAAUACAGUUUUUGGCCUUAAAGCUUAUACAUGACUGGACUUCACCUGCUCAGAAUUUCUCUUCAGCAGUUGAGCCUGAACGACUUCAACUAAUGGCUAAUACUUUUCCAGAAAAUAAUGUUGUGUGUCGAGUGGAUGCUGCCGUUGACCCACAGUCAGGGAAAGCUUACUUUGGAGUAGUUAUUUGUUCUAUUACUAACGACUUUAUUGCAGCUAAAAAUGGUCCUCUUCGGUAUACUAUAGACCCACACACGGCUGAAGCAAUGGCAGUAAAAGAAGCUCUCUCGUGGAUGCAGAAUGAAGCUUGGACAAAUAUUCGGGUGGAGAUGGAUUGUCUCAAUGUGUGUAAUCUUCUGAAUAUUCCGACUCAGGAUUUUUCUUACGCAGGUGCCAUCAUUUCCAGAUGCAGAUCUUUAGCAAGACAAUUUAAUUCAGUGUCUUUCCAUUUUAUUCGUAGAUCAGCGAACUUGCUGGCCCAUUCAUUAGCCCGGGCAGCUUCUUCACAGGCUGGUCCUCAUGUCUGGUUAUUUGUGAUUCCUCCAUGUAUUAAACAUUAUUUUCACUAAUAUAUUUUUGCUGGUUUUCCCUCAAAAAAAAAAAAAAAAAAAAAAAAGAAAAGUGAGUAUUUUCC